GGAUAUAUAAGUCCUCGCCGCCCUUCUCCUCAGCCCUGAGCUCAGCAUCAUUAUCGUUGUCUAACAGCGUAAAUACCAGGCUCAUCAUAGAAAAUGGCUGUCCGAACACAGCUUUUCCCUCCGUCCCCUACUUUCACAGAAUCUUCACUGCCGUCCUUGAGCUCCAGGGUGUAUAUCGUCACCGGUGCAACAUCUGGUGUUGGUCUGGAACUGGCCAAGAUUCUCUAUUACCGCUCAGCGAUCGUUUACAUAGCUGCACGCAAUUAUUCCAAGAUCACGUCGGCCAUAAAAGAGGUGCAGUCAGCGUUUCCUGAUUCAACAGGACGUCUUGAGUCGCUAUGCGUUGACCUUUCCGACCUCGCAAGUAUCAAGCCUGCAGCUCAGCGAUUCCUCGCCAAAGAACCAAGACUCGAUGGCCUAGUACUCAAUGCUGGUGUCAUGAUGCCCCCGGAGGGUAGCAAGACCGAGCUGGGGCAUGAGUUACAAAUGGGAACGAAUUGUUUGGGCGGAUAUCUACUGUCGCGGCUUCUCGAGGAGCUUCUGGUGAGGACAACGGUUGUAGCAGACGAGGGAACUGUUCGAGUUGUAUGGCUUGCAAGUACUCUUCAGAUGGGCACACCCAAGGGAGGUCUUGUCUGGGACGAGGUCAAGAAGGAGCCGAAAGUGGUCAAAGACCAGAUGGAGAACUACAUGAUGAGCAAGGCCGGUAAUCUUCUCUUGGCCCACGAGACUUCUCAGAGAUUGGGAUCGCAAGGAAUUAUAUCAGUGGCUGUCAACCCAGGGUUCUUGAAGACGGAGCUUCAGCGUCAUAUGCCCGGACCUGUGUCUUUCAUGAUGGGCCUCAUGUUUAAAGCGCCCAAGUAUGGAGCUUACAGUGAGCUGUUCGGACUGCUGUCACCAGAUAUCACCGCUGAGAAUAACGGAGCCUUGAUCUACCCUUGGGGUCGUAUCGGAUGCAUCCCAGACGACAUCAAGGUGUCUUUAAAGAAUGGACAAGAGGGGGGCGCUGGCCUCUCAAAAGCUUUCGCUGACUGGUGUGAGAGAGAAACUCGUCAGUACAAGUAGUUGGUAGUUAAGUAAGAAGUAUUGAUUUGGUAGAGUGAUUUCCAUUUAGAUCUAAAUAGUCUCACACGGGUAUCAUGUCAUAACUUAUCCCAAACGCCGUUGUAAACAAAGAAAUCAUGGUCUACUAGAACUCAUCCUUUUUCUCCCCUGUCCUUCGUUGCUUGCGACUGACCUGGUUUAGUCGUACGUCCACCACGACUGGCCUAUGGUCCGAAAUGAAAACCCCAUCCUCAUAUCGCGAAUUGACCACUGCAAAGGCCUUGAAUUCGAUACCGGUCGGGUCGUGCACGAAAAUGUGAUCGAGAUACAUGUCAUCCCAUGGCACCGUAGUAAAUCCGGUGUAAGUGUACGACGAAUGUCCAUAUCGCUUACUCUGCGGGACGAGGCUCUUCACGUCGUUCAUGGUUUUGGCGAGAUGCUUGUAAGCCGCACCACUGGGGGAGGAGUUGAGAUCGCCGCCAAUGAAGACAGGUAUGGUCUCGCCGUCGUGUACAGACCAGUUCUCGGCGAUAUCAGUAAUUAGUUUUGCCGAGUUAGCACGAGCCUUUUUCCCCUUAUGGUCGAAAUGCGUGCACAUAUAGACCAUGCGAUUACCUGUAGCGGCAUGUUCAAAGCGCGCGACGGUGACAAUCCUGGGGAAUGCGGCGUCCCAUCCCCUGGAGCCAACUUUCUCAGGAGUGUCGCUCAGCCAGUAUGUUUUCUUGUCUUCAAUAUUCCAAACAGAAGGACGAUAGAAAAUUGGGGAGAAUUCAUCACUUUGGCCGCCCCUGCGUCCGAUACCAUAGUAAUCCCACUCGCUCCCCAGAUCUUGUUGGAUGUCUUGGAUUUGCGGAUACAAUGCUUCUUGCAUGCACACGAUGGACUCCGGUCUCCCAGAGGUCUCGUAGUUGAUUUGGGCUGUCAAGCGUGGACGACGAACGGGCCAUCGUUCCUCGCCCCAUUGGGGCUUGUUUGGUGCGAGGCGAAUGUUGUAAGUGAUGAGUCGAACAUCAGUGCUUCGAGAUAGAGGCGCUGCAGCCGCGAAAGCAGCGGAAAGAACGAGAAAUGUAAACUUCAUUUCAGUUUAUUCCGAUGUUUUGUGGGCGGUAGAGAGGGAAGACCGUACGAGGACGUUUGAUCCCCAGCGGCUUUAUGAUCGGGUUGCUUUUGGUAUGGAAGUUUUGUGUAGAUGCGGGUGACGCGGCUUUACAGUCAAUGUUGUCACUGACAAAUUUCGGCAGCAACAACCAACAAACUGUAGUCUGAUGUUUACUGAGACUGAUGUAGAUUCCAGUUUCAACAUAUUGAAUUGGGUCUUCGGGGG